GGCGCGUCUCCCAUCUUCUUGAAGCUUCUAACUACCUAUGAAGGUUGUCAAUCACAUUGUCGAGUAUGCCUUUAUACUAUCCCAUCACGAUUGUCCGAUCAGACGGUCUUUUCGCCGUCCCCACCAGAUCUGGAACCAGUGAGCCCAAUGAGCCCACCGCCGCUCAGCAAGAUGAUACGCCCGACUCCAAAGGUAUGGUGGAUUGCUACAAGAGACUGGACCCUGAGGAACCAAAAGCAGUCGAUUGGAGACGGAAGCUAGGUGGCAUGCUGAUGCACCGACUUGGUGGAAAGGAACAUCUUAGUAAUUCUUUCCCCGAUGCCCCUCUUCCUUUGCAAGCACUGAAACUAAUACCAUCCCAGACAAAAGCUAUAUCCUCGCCGAAAUCCCAGAAGGGUACGUGCUAUGGGAGCAUCUGAAGUACAAUGUGGAUAAGGUUAAUGGCGACAAAUCAAAGGAAAAGGGCAAACACGCAGCAGGAGUCUUUGAGAGGCAGGAUGCAUACCUCUACGGACACCCACAAGGUCGAAAGAAGCGUUAUAGAAGUCCAGCGGAUUUCUUCCAUCAUCUGCUCUGGCUGGCCGUAGACAAAGAAGGCGAUCCGAGGAAUUGCUCAUGCAAAAUUUGCUCGCCUGAUGAGGUCGCCGAGGAAAGUGUGAAGGCUACAUCGCAGCUGAAGAAUGAAAUCAAGCCCGUUCCUGCUCCUACCACAUCAGCUGUGACAAUAAAACGUAAGGGACCCUGCUAAUGUUUACUUUCUUUGAUACUAAUAUUCUCGUCAGCUUUACCACAAUCGCAAUCUACUCCCGCUGCUUCCAAACCUCCACCAAAUAAUAUACAGAAAGCAACCUCACAACCAAACCCUACAGCUUCGACAUUUAUUUCGGCCGAGCAGAGAGCAGACGGUGCUGCUAAUGGACAGUACUUAUACAGAUCCGGGGAAUUGGUGUGGUUCAACAAUGGAUUGAACUGGCGGUUGGGCAUAAUUUCGAGGCGCCAAAUACAGAAUAACAAACCCCGCUAUCUUCUUCAGCCUCUCUCAAAUCCCUACCAACACCAACCUUGGCAAAUCAAGGAUGAUGAAGCAUCUAUCAGACCUUGGCUGGCAUGGAGCGUCCCACUUACCACGGUACCUGCAAUACAAGAACUGACUUAUGAUCAAGUCCCAUGGGAACGAGUUCUAAGAGGAGAGCUGGAUGCUGGUCAUUCACGAGACUACGUCGUUGAUGGCAGUAUUCUUGCUGCAAAGGUCGUUGAUUCCAGUUACUCACUUUACGACCGAAUUGAAAAUGCUUUGGCAGGUCCAGGAGAAGUGCAUUACCGAGGAAUGUUUUUAGGUGCCGAAAAGAUUUGGGUAGGCGAGCCAAUUCGACUACGAGGAAGUGACAGCAAAGAUAUCGUUGUGCUCAUUGUUCAUAAAUUAAUUGAGCGCACGACCCCACAAGGCAUUUCGUCGGUGACAUUCGUUGGCGAUGUUUACAAAUGGGUCGAAAUGCCCACUCCAUACAGGAAUCGAGCGGAUUGGCCUACACCAGAUCUACCUGCCCGUAUGGUAGCGGAUCUUCGGUUUAGAAACGAAGUUGCUGACCAAGCUGGCACGGGCAUAUAUUGCGAAUGGCGUUUACUAGAACCAGCGGUUCGCAAAAGCCUAACAGACGUAAAAGGUCGAUGGUACGAAACGCGAACACUCCUUCCCAUCCUUCGAGGAGCAGCAGCCUUCCAGGCCGAACUCGUCAAGGGUCGUACUCACGAUGCGGGACAAUUCAUGAACGGUCGACGGGAUAAGAAUAACAACGUCGAGACACGCAAGAAGAAUCGUAGGGACACUUUGGGGAGAGCCGUACCGGCUGACUUCAAGGUAUCAAGGGGGUUGGAUGGUCCCGAAGCUGAUUUGGCGUUCCCUGAUAUUCAGCAGCCGCCGCCCGCCGCGGCGGAAUUGACGCCGUAUGUGGAGUCGGAUAUUGACCAAUUUAUGGAUUUGGAUCAGGCUGCUACUGGGGGACAUCAUGAAUUUUAUGGUGGGGUUUAGGACCUUGAUUAGAGUAAUGUGCAGAUCUGAUAGGGGCUUGGGGCGUUAUUUGGGAGUCGGGGUUCUCUGAAAGCUACAAGGAUGUUUGAUAUUCUUGUUGUGGUUGUUACAUCUGGGCCUGUUUCUGUUUUUUUCUCUUUACUUUUUCGGUGAAUGUAGAUACCCAGACCUUUUUGCUUUCUUUAUGGCUGCAUGUUUGCUUUGCGGGAAUGGUAAAAUGUUGG